AUGGACAGAGACCGCGAGCGAGACAGAGAUAGAGAUCGAGACCGAGACCGAAGAUGCACAGAUGGAUGGCUCAUGAAUCUCUCUGACUUGGAUGACCGAUACUCAAACACAUACCGUCCACGCUCCCCUGGGCCACGCCCACGCUCUCCGCGCGGAGACAGCUAUCGCGCCCGCUCGCCUCCUCUCCGUCGCGCAUCUUCCCCUCGCCGUGGCUCCCCACCCCGCCGUGGCCUAGCUUCGGCAGACACCUACGUUCCUGGCGGCCGUUCGUCCCGUCCACGAAGUCGCUCGCCUGCGUUUCGCAGAAGAUCACGAAGCCCGCGUCGCGAUGAUAGCUGGAGGGCACGUCCUCGGUCGCCCCUGCGUCGAGCAUUUUCACCCAGACGCGACGACUACAGAAGUGACCGGGCAAGGUCACCACGAAGGGAUCGGGAUCGGGACCAGUACGACUCGUACACUCGUUCCCCACGGCCACGCGACAGAUCACCACCCCUUCGAGACCGCGAUGUGUCGCCAGCGAGGAGUCGCGGGAUGCGCUCGCCUAUUCGUUCAAGCCGAUAUGACGAACCGCGUUCUCGUCUCAGCAGCCCUCCCCCACGUCGAUACUCUCCAGCGCGCGACUACAGGCGCCGGUCACCUUCUCCAAGACGCGAACGUGCUGAUCCAUAUACCGCUGAUACUUGGAGGAGUCGCAGGUCUCCUUCUCCAGCGCGGCCAACAUACACUUCAAAUGAGGCUUCCGGUAGGGAUUCAACGGCUACCUCGCGUCGCUCUUCACCACCGCCUAUUCACCCUAGCCGCGCUGCGCUUGUGGAAGAGCCUGUUGCCAGAGAGCCUGCUUCCGCACCAAGAUCGCCGUACCGUGAGCGGCUUCCUGAACGAGUCCGAGACUAUAGCCGGGAGCGAGAGCGAGAGAGAGAACGGGAGCGAGAACGGGAGCGAGAGAGGGAGAGAGAACGAGAAAGAGAACGGGAACGAGAACGGGAACGAGAACGAGAACGAGAACGAGAGCGGGAACGGGAGCGGGAGCGAUCUCCUCCACGUCGUAGAGAGAGUCCUCCGACUGGACCGCGUGGCGAUAGAGACUUUGCGCCUCCAACAGGACCGUCUUCUGCCUACCGCAAUGGCGAUGGCAACUUUACCAGGGCUCCUCCCACAGGUCCUUCUAGUCGCAGCUACCCCUCGCCCGCAAUAUCGCCCCCAGCAGGCCCAUCCAGUUCGGUAGCGCCGCCUCCCACCUACCCUCGAGGAACCAAUCCUGUAUUGGCUGCACCGACGCGGCCACGAGGUGGGGGUCGCGGUUUCGGUGGAUAUGAAGGGCGAGGUGACUUUUCUGGGUCUUCUUCACGCAGAGGAUCGUGGGGUGGAGGUCCCCGAGGAGGCUAUUACGGUGGUGCACCAUCAGGGCCUCGCGGCACCAGCAGUGGUCCUAGCGGGGCGCCACCUUUCGCUCCCUCUUUCCGCGGCUCGAGCAACUCUACAGCUACAACAUAUCCCCGUACCAUGCGCUUCCGCGACCACCUUGCCGACCUGCCCAAGGAAAUCCCAGGAGGUCAAAAAGCUCCUGAAUUAUAUGACAAGAGCAAGAUUCUCAAGUUGGAGGCUGAAGCACAGAAGCUUAGAGAGCUAAUUGACAAGAAAGAGGACGCCAAGAGGCAGAAACUGAGAGAGUGGGACGGUCUUGAGCGUGAGGCUGAGACGGCUCAACUCAAGGUCGAUCUGGCGGAGAGUUCGCUCAGAGGUUUGAACGGCGAGUCUGAUGUUCGCGACGCCUUCUAG